AUGAAGGCUCUACUAUUCGCGGCGGGCAUCGCCGUGGCUGCAAUCGGCUGUGACGACGCGGGCAUGCAGGCCGAGCCCGACAACACGUCCGUCAACGAACGCGACGCCGAGGGGACCACCAAGACCCCCUUCGAUCAAUCCAACGAAGAGACCGACAUCGACCAAGUCGCCGAGAUCCGAUCGCAGGUCCUGGAGAUCGAUGACCUCUCUGUCGCCGGCCGCAACGUAAAGAUCGUCACCGAAGCGGGCCGCGUAACGUUGCGUGGCCCGGUCGCUUCGGAAGCCGAACGCGCCGCGAUUGUCGAUGUCGCAGCGGGCGUCGCCGGCGCCGGCAACGUCGAUGACCAACUCGAAGUCGAUGAAUCUAUCAUGGCUACCACCCACGACACCGCUGUCUUCUGCAUCUCGGACACCCGAGAGAAGACCAUCGCGAUCUUGAACGAGCUCCGCGCCAGCGGGCUCCGCGAAUCGGAGAUCUCACUCGUCAUGCCGCACGACGACGGCGGGGGCGACAUCGCCAUUGAAGGCGCGACCAAGGCGCCGGAGGGCGCCGCGACCGGCGCAGGCAGCGGCAUGGUCCUCGGCGGCGUGCUUGGCUGGAUGGCCGGUAUCGGCGCCCUGGCGAUCCCCGGCCUCGGCCCCUUCAUCGCCGCUGGUCCGAUCAUGGCCGCUCUCGGCGGAGCAGCGAUUGGCGGCGCCUCAGGUUCGAUCGCUGGCGGGUUGAUUGGUCUUGGCUUUUCGGAGUACGAGGCCAAGCAGUACGAGGGUUACCUCAAGGAGGGCAACGCGUUGAUCUCGGUGAGCGUCGCCGACAGCGACGAAGUCUCGAAGGUCAAGCAGAUCUUCAAAGACGCCGACGCGGAUCACAUCUCGGCCCAAGGCGUCAACGACGCCGACUGA